AUUAGUACUCAUAAGCCUUUUCAUCUCAGUCAUUGAAAUUAGUAGCUGAUUUUUGCUAUGAAGUAGGAGCAGUUUGUGUCCCUACCUAGUUCCAAUUCUGUUGUCACAGAAAAGAACAGACUUUUAUUGGCAGCCUAGUAAUUUAAAAAGUAAUUUUAUUUUAAAAAUAUAGCUCUGAAAUUAGGGUACCUGUUCUAGGUGAAGUAGGGUACUUUUAAUAUCAGCUAGAUAGAAAGCUAUGCAAAUGUGAAGACAUGUAUUCUGAAGUGUAUAUCUUGUCUCUUUUGAAAGAAUGGGAAGAUUCAAACACUUUUUAAUUAUUAUUAGAUUCAUGUCCAUUCUAAAAGCCAUAUAGCAAGAUGCACUUUGAAACUUGCUGUAAAAUUGCAUUUUGUUUAGGUUACCUGAGAAAAUAUGUGAUAACAGUAACAUACUUCCUUGGAAGAGCUACUGUUCUGUUCUCUAGCUCUGUCAUCUAUGGCAGUUUUUUUUUUAAUUGGUGAAGUCAAUGAUCAUCUAAAUAUCGCUCCAUGAUUUGUCAUAUCACAGUGUUUUGGCAUGCAUUGUUCUUCCUGUUCUCAGCUCUCUAAAGUUAUUUUGAUCUUUUAAUACUUCAUAGUGUGGCUUCUCCUGUUGGGCAGUGAAAGAAGAGUAACCAGUUAUUCCUGGUCCUUUUCAAGCAGUUCACCUUGCAGCUCUCCAGUUUCUGCUGGCUGACCUACAAUUGUGAUAAUCUGUUUUCAUUCCACUGAGCUCACCUACAACCUUCUGACCUCAGAGCUGUGCACAUUUGCCCUCAUGCAGCUUGGUUAUAUAUUUUUGUUCAGUUUAUUCUGGGCUGCUAAAGAUUAUAAACUCACAUAUGAAACAUUGACUGAUUUGAAGUAAUUCAAUAUGGCUGGCCAGGACAGGUGGUAGGUAAUUUGUAAUAGUGUUUCUGACUUCUGAAGUGAUGCCAGAGUUUGCAAGUUUGUCUGGUAUAUUUUCAUGGCUUUUGCAUGUACCUUUUUUUCUGAUAAUGUUGAUUAACUUGGAUAUUUGUUUGGUGAGUCAACUCUCCAUGUUAUUUCUUACUUCUGCUGACAUUUUUUCACCUGGUACAUCUGUCUUGCUUCAAUAUCUUUAUUUUGAAGUGGUCCUGUCUUCCAUUCAGUCAUAAACAUAAGCUCCUCUGUAAAGGUCUCUUUUUUUUGUUUGUUUGUUUUUCAUGAUUAACAAGAGCCUUUAAAAGCAGCUGUUCUUUUAGUCAUCUUGUGAAUGUUUUUUCAUAUCUCUUCAGAUUUAUUUCUUCUUUUAUUUGCCUCUCUAGGAUUGGGCACACUGUCUGUGUUUUUACACUGUUCAGGUCUUCAUUUUCAGAACUGUUACGCGAAACGAUGGUGUGUAAUCAGCUUUCUUACAGAGCAUCCUGUAAGAUGCUCUGGAUGGGGAAACGUUUUUGUUAACACUCCACGACGGGGCGGCUGAGGGAGCCGCGGCCGCCGCCAUUAGCAGCGCGGCGCUGCCGCGGGGAACUACAACUCCCGGCGGCCCCUGCGCCCCGCCGCUUCCCGCCGCGCUAAGAUGGCGGCCGCCGAGGAGCGUGUGGUCGGAGCGGCACCGGCGGGCUACACGGCUCUGGCGGUGAAGUUCGGAGAGCGGCAGCGCUCGCCCCACUGUCUUUUGGUGAAGGAGCACCAGGUGCGGGAAGGGGCCGGCACCACGCACCCGCCUCGCCGCACCCUCUUCGUCCUCAACGUCCCGCCGUACUGCAGCCCGGACUCUCUGUCUAGGCUGUUCGCCCGCUGCGGCCAUGUCCAGUCUGUGGACAUCUGUGAGAAGCCAGGGCCAGGAGAGAAAAAAGAAAAACUUACGUCCAAAUUCUUCAACCGCAAACCUGUAACGGGAUUUCAAGUAGCAUACGUAGUGUUCAGGAAACCAGCUGCUGUCCAGGCAGCCAAGGCCCUGUCGCGGGAAGGUCCCUUGCUGAUAUCCACAGAGAGUCACCCUGUGAAAACCGGCAUUAGCAAGUGGAUUGCCAACUAUGCAGCCUCAGUCGUGGAUCAGGAGGAGCUGAAGGCUGAGGUGGACACCUACAUGCAAGACUAUGACAAAAAGAUAGCAGAGGAAGAAGCCAAAGCAGCCCAGGAGGAGGGUGUUCCGGAUGAGGAGGGCUGGGUGAAGGUAACACGGAAAGGCCGGAAGCCCGGCCUGCCCCGGACAGAGGCUGCCAACCUGCGGGUGCUGGAGAGGGAAAAGCAGAAAAGGGCCCGCAAAGAGCUGCUCAACUUCUAUGCCUGGCAGCAUCGUGAGACAAAGAGAGAGCAUAUUGCCCAGUUGAGAAAGAAAUUUGAGGAGGACAAGCAGAGAAUCGCACUGAUGCGAGCCCAGCGCAAGUUUCGGCCGUACUAAGCUGUGCUAAGCUAUUCCUCGGAUGUCUGUGGACUCCAUGUGCCAAAGGAUUUCAAGGAUCUGAGGCAGCUUCAGGUUGUCCUUGCCCUUGGAUCUGAAAUGGGAGAUCCCAGCAGCUACCACUGGAGGGGGGAGUUUCCUUCACUAGCACCAGUAUCCUGCUCUCCCAGCCAUCAUUUGGCCCUGCAGCACCACUUCCCAGGGUGCUCAGGUCAAGGGUCUGAGGCACUUCCUGUGACGGCCUGUAUCUCCCUGCCACCUAAGGCCCUCCUGAAGCUUGGUGAGAGCUGCGAUUGACCUAGCACAGCCUCUGCAGGGGCAGGGAAUGGCUGAAGAACUGUAAAUAAACUGCUGCUAUGUUCUCAGAA